AUGCCGUUCCCACUCGAAAUCUGCAUCGACUCGCUUGAGUCGGCACGCACCGCCGGACCGUACCUCGGCCCCGGGGACCGCUUCGAGGUCUGCGCAAGUCUUUUAGCUGGCGGCGGGCUGACGCCCAGUAUGGGCCUGGUGCGGGCACUGCGUGCUGACCAACCACACAUUGGGCUCAUGGUGAUGGUUCGCCCACGUCCCGGGUCCUUCGUCUACACCCCGGCAGAGGUCGAGGUCAUGCUGCUCGACAUUCAGGCCGCGAGGGAGGCUGGUGCCGUUGGGGUGGUGUUUGGGUGUCUCACGGUGGAGGGUGAGGUGGAUACUGCUGUCACUACACAGCUGUGUAAGGCUGCAGAAGGAAUGGAAGUGACCUUCCAUCGCGCGUUUGACGUCACACCAUCGUGGCAACGGGCUUGCGACACACUCGCCUCAAUCCCAGGCAUCACACGUAUCCUCACGUCCGGCCACGCCCUUACCGCGCUCGAAGGAGCGGCCGAGCUCGACGCCCUAACACGACACUUGCAAUCCUCCUCGUCAUCCUUCCCGCUUACCAUCCUGCCCGCUUCAGGCAUCAACGCCAUGUCGUUGGCAGAACUGCGUAAUCGAGCACCACUGUUGCAAGAAGCACAUCUCAGCGCGAGCGGGAUCAUACCACCUCCCGACGCCAGUGCCGUUGCCAUUGGCAAAGUGCUCGGGUUCGGGAGCGGUGAGGAGUGGCGGCUCGACGGGGACAAGUUGAAAGCUGUACGGGAGCUGGUGGAUCGUGAGGGGUAA